CAUCAACCCAUCUUAGUCUUCUAGGGAAGGUCAUGUCUCUUUAAUCUCUAGACACCCGCUCCCUCCGUGGUCGUCUUUUCGCCGCCUUCAGACCACCGUCCACGUAGCCUACAAUUUUAAGUGGCACACGGUUGCAAUCAUCGAACUUUUUUUUAAUCAUUGAUCCGGCGACGAACGACGACCGUCACCGGCGACCUGAAUCACCUGGUUGCGGCACAGGAAGUCGCCUUUAAAAGAUGGGGAAAGAAAAGCAAACACUUUUUAAUAAAGCCAGUUCCAAUGGUGAUCUAAAGUCAAUCAUUCAGCAACAUACAUUGUUCUUUGACAAGUUGAUUGAGCUCAUCCCCGCAAAGUUCUAUGUACCUUCUGAUGAUAAGAAGCAAUGGUUUCAGGGUCUUAGCAAGAAUGAAAAAGCUUUGGCUAAGAAAGAAUCAAGAGAAAACAUCAAGAAAGCUCGAAGGGAACGGUUUGAUCCAAAUUCUAAUAAAACAACACUUGAUUUGCUUAAGCAAAACUUAGAAAAGGAAAAAUCAAAUGAGGAUAGUGAUGAUGAAGAAAUAGAAGUUAAACCUGUAAUGUUGGGUCUAGAAAGUGAUGAACGAUCAGUUACAUAUGAAGAACUCAGGCAAAGACUUCGCCGCAAGAUUGAAGAGCUUCAGGCAGGUCGAAAUGCUGGAAGUUCAGAUCAAUUAAAGAAGAAGAGUGAGAAGAAGGGUAUUCAGCAAAAGAAACGCAAAAGAGAAUCUGGAUCUGAAGGACAGAAAUCUGCAACUAUUGAUGCAUCAAAAAGGGUGGAGGAGGAUAUAGUGGAGGCUUCAAAGGGACUUGCAUUUAGUCAUGUCAAAAUUGGAAAUGAGGAAAAGCAUGGGAAAAAGAAGAGGAAGCUUUCUAAGUUUAUGGAGCUUGAAAAAGCUCAAAAAAUUGAAGAAGCAAAGAAAGAUCCUGAGAAAGGGGAGAUGAUCGCAAAGAAGCUUUCAUGGAACGCAGCAACUAGUAGAGCUGCAGGGAUUAAAAUUCAUGAUAACCCAAAGCUUUUGAAACAGAGCCUACAGAAGAAGAAGAAAAAGCAGCAGAAGAAUUCUGAGAAGUGGAAUGAGAGAAUUGAAACUACACAGAAGAUGAAAGCUGAGAGACAGCAGAAGAGAUCAGAAAACUUAGCUGACAGGAGUCACCAAAAGAAGAUGCGUCGGAUUGAAAAGCGAGAGAAAAAGCUCAUGCGACCAGGGUUUGAAGGUCGUAAGGAAGGUUAUAUUAAUCAAGGUGCAUCUUGAGGUGCCCUGCUGCUUUAAAUUUUGUGUCAGUCUUUGGUUCCUUUCAACUCAGCGUUCCCUGGAACUAGCUGUAGGAAUUACGUCAAAGUACAAGGAAGGUAUUUUUGCUUUAGGAAUCCUGUUUUCAUAGAGUGCCUUUAAUUUUUAUGUCUCCUUCGCUACAAAUGAAUAUUGUUAAAAUACUGAUUGUUGUUUUAUGUGAUGAUAAUCUCUGCCUCUUUGAAAGUAA